UUUUUCUUUUGGGCGUGUUUCAAAGUAUAAAACUUUCCCUGUCAUUCUCUAUUUCCUCCGGAAACCCUACGCUUAUAUCAAAUUUUUUCUCCCGGAACUCCCACGUUUUUAUAGUUUUGCUUGGCAAAUUAUUGUUUAUCUUCUUCUUUAUUCAAGUUGUAGUCAUGGCAAAGUCAAACAAGCAUAAUUUUCAAAAACCUAAAGCCGGAAAACAGCCUCAGGCUAAAAAGCAUGGAAAGAUAUACAAUAUAGCAGAAUUUAGUCCUUAUCUUGAUCCGCUGGGCUUAAAAAUUGUUCAAGUCACUGCAGAUGGUAACUGUUUUUUUAGAGUAAUUGCUGACCAGUUGGAAGGUAAUGAAGAGGAGCACAAUAAGUAUCGCCUCAUGGUGGUUAAGUAUAUGAAGGAUCACCGGCCGGAGUUUGAGCCUUUUAUGGAGGAUAAUAUCCCGUUUGAUAAACACUGUGAUUCAAUGGAAAAAGAAGGUACAUGGGCAGGCAAUGUGGAAUUACAAGUAUGUUCUCUUGUUACACGAUGUAACAUUUGCAUCCAUAAGUUGAUGUCACCACGCUGGUACAUACGAAACUUUGAGGACCAUGGAACUCGGGUUAUCCACUUGUCAUAUCACAGCGAGGAGCAUUACAAUAGUGUGCGGUCAAAGGAAGAUCCAUGCAGUGGACCAGCUAGACCAGUAGUGAUUAAGGCAGAUGCUGAUCUUUCAGCUACGUCAAAUAAAGGUAAAGCUGCUGCAGCCACACCCAUAGAGUUUUCUGGUAAGAAUGUUGAUAAAAGAUCGAUUCAAAUGGUUAUGUCUGAAGGUGGAUGUGAAAGCUUCGAAAGAGCUCAAGAGGUUCUACAACAAGUAUGUGGUGAUGUUGACGCUGCAAUAGAUUUUUUUAUAGCAGAGCAAAUAUCGGGUAGUGAUUUAGUUGAAGGGGUUGAUCUUCCAUCCAAAAGUGAUGCACCAGAUGGUGACUGUGGAGCUUCAGUGGUACCUCGAAAGAACACCUCCGAAUCUGGACAAACUGAAAAUAAGAAUGAUGAAAAGCUAACUCAUGGCAGUAACAGCUCUCAACAAAGUGUUAAGAAAUCAUAAAUCUGGUGCUCGUAUGAGCAAAAAGGAAAGGAAACAGGCCAAGAAAGGUGGACCAGUGAAAGCUGCCCGGUCCAGUGGAUCUGAUGGCGGACUUCGACCUGACGUUGGGGCACUUUGUAUCUGAGCAACGGUGUGUAGUUUAUUGGUCUAUGGGGUGGCCCAACUUACAGUGUGCGGCAUAUAUAACCAUCCCAAGGCUAGCCUUCUAAAAAUAUUACGCAAAAGAAGAGGGGCAUCACAUCAUGGAGGCUGUAAAACUCAUAGAGAUAGCCAGAUAGGUAGGACAGGAAAAUUUUGGUUUGAGCUUUGCCAUUUACAAUUGUACAGAAAUUAUAGAGAAAAUAGUGAAUACUGAAGUAUAACAACAGGUGCGGCGCUGUUUGAAUAUUUUUUUUGGUAUCAAAUAAACCUAGCAUUUUUAGGGACCACUCAAAAAGAAUUAGGGUCCACUCUUUUAUUCCCACCCAUUGAAGGGGGUCAAGGGGUAUCUUAAAAACAUAGAAAUUGCCUAUAUUGUCCUUCACCUUUAUACUAAAUCUAAACAUAUAUCAUUUAUUUUCA